UGCGCGUCGAGUCAUCAAAGUCAAAAGGCUCGCCAUUAUUUCCCAAUUAGUUCGGAGUCGCCCAGAGAUGAUCUAGGGUUGUUGUUUUCAGAGCGGGUAGCGGUGCAUGACGGGUAUUUUUCUCUGUUGGUACGGUACGUCUUCUCAAAAACACGCGUACAGGGCACACGCAGCGCAUAAACACGUUAGCGCUAUGGGGAGCUACAGUCGGGCCGUUCGGUGGUAAAAUGGCCGACCACACCAACCCACUACUCCAGUGCUCGCUGAAAAUUCGACGCGGCCGCAAGUGGAAAACGCGAUGGUGUGAAUUGACGAAACUCAGCCCCGUGUCCGAUCAAAUUGUCCUGAAAUUCUACAAGGGUCAGGACCAGCUGCUGUCGGGCAAAGAGAUCCGACGAGAGCAGAUUGUGCUCUCGGCGCAGAACUUCUGCGGGGUGGAAUCCUGCGUCCGACAUCCCAAGAACCCCUUCGUGUUGACCAUCAUCUGCCUGGAUCAGAUCGUCUUGCUCUCAUUUGCUUGCCACAAGGACCUCUUGACGUGGUUUGAGAAGACGUAUGUGACGCUAGGAAAUGCAGCCACUAAAUUCAAAUGCACGGUGGAGGUGCCCAAUGGCGGUCGUCUCCGGCCCGGCCCAGGCCUCCUCUAUUUCCAUGACAACCACUUUGCCAUUACUGACGAGGUGCCCUCUCGGCUGAUAGGCAGCUGGAGUCUGGCAAACCUCUCCCGAUAUGGAAUCAUCGAGGAGGGAUUCGCCUUCGAAGUCAGGUCAACCAGUAAAGAUGGGGGUGCAUUUGUCGUGAUCACGCAGCAUGCGGAAUCUCUUAAAUCCCACUUCGAUGCUGCCACCUGCAGCCCUUCCUCCAACAGGUGGUCUCAUGUAUCCAGCACGGUGUCCAUUCAUGAGGAGCUGGCCCCAAGGAGGAGAGACUUCUCAGAAGAGAUGCGUUGCCUGCUGGCAUCGAGCAGAAACAAUGACCAUCAGUCAGGUGGUAAUAGCCCCGGAGGCACGUACCCCUACCCAUCAGGUACAAACCCAACGCAAGUCAGGAGUCCCGCGAUGCUGGAACACUGUUCUAAUCGCAGGAACCAGCUGCAACGCAACCAGGCACUCGGCGGACGCUUUAUCGAGAUGAUUGAGAUGGACCAGUCCUGGGGGGUUGGAGGGGGCAGUAGCGGUAGCAGCAGUGGCAGCAGUGUUGAGACCAUCUUCAACACCUGCGACGGUCUCCGGUCCCCCAAGAAGACCACUCCCAUUCGGGAGCAGAACUACGAGGUCAUGGCCUCCUUUAAUCACCUGCGAGAGGCCGAGGAUUCCUCAAACGGGAACGCACCUCACAUAGGGGACCUUCACGAGGCCUGUGCAAUCUGUCAAGGUGGCAAGAAAUCCCAGAGUGGGGACAGUGAGCGGGAAGAGCAUGAAUAUGUUAAUCUACCCCCGCCCAAGAAUGGCAAACGGUCAAACCAACAGGGUCCAACGGAUGGGGAAAACCUCAAUAGGAGUCACGUGCAUGUACCUGCUUUGGAGACAAAACUGGAGAAAGCUGAAAAGCAGACACCAACGUUUGCUAGUAAUUCCGCACAUGCACGGUCGAUGAGCUUGCCACUUAACGAGGAUUAUUUACUCAUGAAAUAUCACGAGAGUGAGAACUCCAAACCUGCAGCCAGCAAGACGGGCAAAACCAGAAGCCUGUCAGUUCAACCUUCCAUGGAGCGCUCUGAUAACCUCCCCGCACCGUUUGAUGAUCUUCUGCCAGCAAGCACUUUGCAAGGCAUGCUGGAGGAUUUGCCCAAUACAGGGAAAAGGUCCCGCAACCGCUCAACUAGUAGAGACAUUCAGAGUGACAUUCCUGUUCCGUUCCAUCACGGGGACUUGGUGAAGCCUGUUGGACCCAUCGCAAUGCUCAGACUCAACAGUGUAUCCAGCAGCAGUAGCGAGUCAGUCAGUUCGGCGAGCGAAUCACUACUUGACGCUCAGAUCUCCCGUGGCGCAUCCUUCAGCCGGCCGCGGCAGUCGUCCGUUGGAGCCUCGUACCAGAGAGGUUUUGCCAAAAUCCACUCCCGCAGUCACGAUGAACGUUCCUCAUCCCCGCCCGUUGAUGUUGCGACGAUGAAAUUUCCGUCUCGAAAGUCUGAUCCUGAUUUCCAGAGGAUGCUUGGGCAAAGAGAUGAGGACUCUGAAACAUUUGUUUAUGCGAGGAAAGGAUCGAUAGAACGUAGACCAGAGAGUCCAAUAUCUAGCGCCCCGUCCGUCACAUCCUAUAUCACCAGAAGAAGGCAAUCGUUUCAGCGAGCUGAGAACUCAUUAGAUGAGACAAAGGGCCGGUCAUUGGAGGAUAAGUCUACCAUGAACGUUCAGAGACGGAAACGCUGCAAUACAGAUCCCUCUGUUGUGUUCACAACACCUGGUGAUGGCACAGCCUGGUGCCGUGAUCCUAAGGAUGAUGAGGAUGCCGAGGGCGAUGGUUAUCUCAUCAUGAAGCCAGUGUAUGAGGAGAAGCUCAAAAGAUUCCAGUCUCGCCAGCAGUCCAGCCCCGUGAUUCAGGCCAUGCCUCAGAGUCCCUUACACUCUGGGGAGAAGACCUCUUUCUUGCAGUCUAAACUGAAACGCUCGGCGACAGUGAGCGGGGAGGUGAGUGCACUCUCUCCGACGCGCUUCAGUCAGCGUACCAUGAGCCUGCGGGAGCGUCCCGCUCGGACUGCGGCAACCCCUCCGCGAGACCGGAAGUCCAGCAUGAGCUUCAUGGACCGCUUCCUGCGCAAGCGGGGUGGCUCCGAGGGUGCCGUCAAGCUGGAUAUAUCCCGGCCACGCCACAAGCACAACUAUGCUAGCAUCGACCCGGAGAAUGUAGCGCGGCGUGCUAGCCUGAAAUCUCGUAUGGAAAGCAUCGAUAACCCUGUGGAAGUGGACAUCCUAGAUGACGAGGAAUUCAGCGAAAGCCUUAACCAGUUCAUGACGGAGAACCCCCGCUCCCUGGCGGAUAACAGUGGCACAUCCUCAGCUCCUUCUAGUAUCCAAUACAACCAAAUUGAAGCCAACAGGAGACAGUCCAUGGGCCAAGACACCGGAAUCAAUUUCACUGCCGAUGUGGAUGCUGUGGUGUUCAGUGAGGAUCGGAAGGUAGAAAGCUCUAAUGAAUAUCUCAAUCUAUGACAAAAAGAAAAACUUUUGCUGCAAUUAUCUCUCACAUGGUAUCUGGUAUCUGUACUUGAAAUUGUUGUCUUAGAUAUCUGUGAGAAGAAAAUUAGUACUUUACAAUUUGAAAGAAUGUUGCAAGACACAAAACGUUCUUUCAAAGAGUUUGCUGUGUCAAAGCAACAGUUUGUGCAGUCGCUGCCGUCUUUGUGAGUCUUUGCUGACACAAAAACAACCAGCUCAGAAAAAGAUUCAUUACUUCAUUAAACUAAAAAGGCAAAAUUGGCAAUUUCUACUAAAAGAACCGUGUCAUGUCUAAGAUGCAUUCAUUAUAAAGAGUAGUAAUGAGUACAAUAUGGCAGUAUUUGUCGUGCUAGUUCAAGCUCCAAACAUUUGUAAAGUGGAAGAGGUAUCUGUAUUCAGUGUAUUGUCAGUUGUGAUUUUGGUGACCUACUUGUGUGUUAAAUAUGUACCACUUUUCUACAUCGUCAGAAUUUUUUUUCAGCACAAACCUGCAAAAGAAGUACAAGGUGUUAACAUGUGAUGGACCAAAAAAAGUGUUUUUGAUAAAGAGUGUGUCGAGUACAUGUAUGUUGUAUGGUGUAAGUAGUUAAAGAAUAGGGGAAAAUGGCACUUGUGUAAAAUGUACACAAUAUAUAUGAAUGACACGUGAUGUCGCAAGAUUGUAGUGAAAAAUAAUUAUUACUCGGAUUUCUAAGAUGAUUGUUGUCACAAAGGAUGCAUAAAAGGAAGCAGAAAGGUUAAACUUUUGAUUACCUACACGUGUAGUUAAUACGUUUGGAUGCAAAAUAUCCUUGUACUUUGAUAACAGUAUACAGUGGUCUUUUUAGUCCCAAUUUGGGGAUGUCUAGCCUGCUGCUGAUUCGGUCAACUUAUACAUAACGGAUUCCACGAUCCGCACAAAAUAUUCAUGAUGAAGUAUCCUCCUUUUCACACUUGCUAAAAGAAACCCGAACCUCAUUUCCAAAUGAUCUUCCAUUUGAAACAAAAGAAAAGAUCACAUUGCAGCAAUUUUUUUGUUACUGCUACCGGUGCCCACUUCCCCAUAAGCACGUUGGAACUCCAAGAAAUGUUGUGAAUAGAGGUUAUUCACAGACGCAAUGCACUAUAAUUAUGCAAGUGACAACAAAAAACACUUAUGCAGAUUAGCGCAAACACUUCUCUUCCUGAUUUGAAAACUAUAGCACGGAUCCGUUUUCUUCCUAGAAAGCAUUUCAAUGCAAACAUUUAUUUCAAGUCAUAUUCCAUGUUUGAUAAUGAAAUCGUGUUUACAAUGUUACAAUUGUGGAGUUUGAAAAGUAACUUGGCAUCCGCAGAAUUUUUUUUUUUUUUACCCACUCUCACAUUUGAAUUUAAAAUUGACCAAAGUGGGAUUUGAACCUUGUACUGCCGUACACAGUAUCAGGCAGUCUACCACCUGGGAGACAGAAAGCAUACAUGUACGGCUUUUAGUCUCCAAUGACAACAUUAAUGACUAUUUGAGUCUGAAUAUUUGCCAGACAUAUUCCCACGUACAAGCACUCCUUUUCUACUCUGUACUAUGUUAUGUAUUUCAGAUGUGUGUAGAUAUGCAAAAAUACACGCACUCCGUGAGCAAGGUCUAAAAUUAAAUGAAAUACAAACACUGUCAGCUGUUUUGAUUGAAUUCACGGAUAAAGCCGAUCAAACCAGAGGACUCUGGACUUCCUCUGUAUUCAAAUUGUUAUUCCCCGUUUUGGUAUAACUUUGCAAACAAUGGAAGUUUGUUAUUAAACGAUUCAUUUUAGGUGACUGCAAUUCUUGCACUUUGUUCGUAGAAAUAUGCAUAACAAACUUCUUUCUCGUCAAUUAAUACUGCUAGUGAGGGUUGGCAACUGGCCACGUUGGCAACUGGCAGGUAAUGGUAUCAGCUCUUGAAAAGCAAACUUGUUUGGUGUUUUGCUUGCAAAUUUGUGUGUAGCUCUUGGCCCUGCCUAUACACAGCGUUAUGGGGACGUUUUUCAUUGUUAGGGUAAUUAGGACCGAGUUAUGGGGACUUUCUGCUGUCCCCACACUGCCACAGCAUUUUCGGUCCCCACAAAUACCUCGUACAGACGAGUGUAUGUUCCCACAACUACGGAGCAAUUAAGACUUUCAGAACUGGUAAGAAAAUCAAGAACAGUUUUCAAGAUGAAGUGAAAAAAGGACUGGGAACAGAUUUUUCUAUGCUCACGUGACCCCAGAAUAUUGCUUUAUGGGAGUUGGAAUGGUAUCUAUGUUUAUACUGGUUGAUAUCGGGAACACAUUGGAAGUAAAGAGAGUAAUUUGAGGCAUCAGUGGGCAUUUCUUGUAGAGGUAGUCUAUAUAAGCACGAAGAGUUUAUUUCAAAGGCAGUAUUUAUCAGACUCUGGAAGCAAACUCUUCUCAUGGCUCAUUCUUGUCUAAACCUUUCAACAAGAACAUUAUGAUCUUUAUAUUUGGCGCUCGAUUAUUUUUUAGGAGUGUUACCUUUUAUAUAAAUUUUUAGCCAUCUGUCUUUUAAAGUAAGACCAGGCAGAGGUUUUGACUGUUUAAAUAUUUUCCCUUUAUUUAUUUAAAUCACUGUGAUUUUGUAAUUCGCCCACUGUAUUCAUUUUGCAAUUAUCAAAUUUAGUGAAAAAUUAACGUUACUUUCCAGAAAGUAUUGUCGGUUCGACUAUAAAGUUGAACAGCAAGACAGAAAUGUUCGUCUUUCAUUGAUCAUGUUUGUAUAUUUAUGUUGGAUGUGAAGAAACUAAAAAAAAGAAGCUAUUAUUAUGCAAUAUUAUUUGGAUUGAUUUGUACAUGAGUAAAAACAAACAAGAAACAAAAAUGUGUGGCCAUUUUGCACCUACAUGUCGCUGUAUAGUGUAAUUAUUGAGUUGAAUUAUAUUUGUAUAUAUAUUAUAUGAGAAUUUCACUUGCAAGUUUUUUUGUACAGUAAAGCAAAUAAAUAUUUAAUUUUCAAGGA